AUGGCGAUUCCAUGUCGAGUACCGGUGCACUAUGUAUCUACCGUCUCAGUAGCUAAGGCCAUUCAAAAUCAAGAAGAACGGCCACUCCUUGAGACCCUGCAUCGCCCGCUGAUCCUAAGCUAUUGAACUUGAUCGACGGAUACGCGGCUUCGAAAUGGGCCAGCGAGACGCUUUUGGAGAAGGUAGCGAUGAAUAACGGGCUACCUGUAUAUAUCCAUCGUUUAGCACAUGUCCAAGGCGAUGACGCUUCUGAGCUCGAUGCCAUUGGCAUGCUGACCAAAUACUCCUUGCUGUUGGGUCCAUUGCCACAAAUCGAGCAUGAGGCCGUUACAGGUCAGUGGGACUUCAUCGAGGUUGACGAUGUUUCAAGAGACCUUAUUGAAACGGCCUGUGAAUCUGCGAUUGGGAUUUGUCGUAGUUCAUCAGAAUUGACCGAACAGCUAUUCCAGUUGCAGCGGCCCAUUUUCUUCAACCACUGCAAUCCUGUGAAGACUUCGCAUAGCGAACUUCGAAAUUAUCUUGAGGGCGUUGUUGGGAAACCAUUGCAUUUGAUGGUUAUGGGCGACUGGCUGAAGGCUGCACGUGAAAAGAGACUUCGUCCGUUAGUACAUGAGUUUUUUGAAGCUUUCGAUGAGGGGGGAGGUGCAAUGGUACUACCUGUCAUUGCGAAGACUGCUCAGUAA